AGUGAUGGACGGCUCAGCUGCCAUUUAUGGAAGACCCAAUUAUCUGAAUGUCCGUCACCAAAAACGUUUUUUAACUGCACCAAUGCAACCAAAGAAGAACUUGAUCUGCAGUGUGCUCAGAGUUGUUUAAAUGUGGAGAGUUUGGACUGUGACCUCACAGAGUGUGAGUCUGGCUGCCGGUGUCCCAGCGGCCUUCUUGAUGACGGCAGAGGUUCCUGUGUGAAUCAAAGUGACUGCCCGUGUCAGCAUAACGGCCACCUCUACAACCCCGGUCAACAAAUUUUAAACCAAUGCAACAAAUGUACCUGCAAAAGGGGAAUAUGGGACUGUACCAGGAAAAGAUGCCCCCAAACCUGUGUUAUUUACGGAAGUGGUCACUAUAAUACUUUUGAUCAGCGGACAUAUGGAUUUCAAGGAUUCUGUAGUUAUGUAGCCACUAAGAAUAACUGUGGCAAUAAAACAUCAGGAAACAGCUUUGCAGUUAUCACAGAAAAUGUUCCUUGUGGAUCCACUGGCACAACAUGUUCCAAAAAUGUCAGAAUUCAUCUUGGGGGAACAGAAAUCAAACUGACAAAGGGUAAACAUGAAGUGGAGAAAACUGGAAAUGAUAGCAUCACCCACAAAGUGAGGACGAUAGGCCUGUACCUGGUGAUAGAAUCUGACAUUGGACUGUCAGUUUUGUGGGAUCGCAAAACAACAGUUCGGAUCUUGUUGGAACCACGGCACAAUGAUCAAGUAUGUGGCCUGUGCGGGAACUUUGAUGGUGAUGGUCAGAAUGACUUUAACACGCAGAGUCAGAUGAUAGUGGGAAACACACUGGAGUUUGCAAACAGCUGGAAAGUGUACAGUACCUGCCCAGAUGUUGACGUGAAUGUUGACCCUUGUGAUGCAGAGCAGAAAAGAUAUCACUGGUCAAAAAUGAUGUGCAGCAUUAUAACGGGAGAAAUCUUCAGUCAAUGCCACAGCAAGGUAGACCCUCAGAUAUUCUUUGACAACUGUGUGAAAGACUCCUGUGCCUGUGACACUGGAGGAGACUGCGAGUGUUUCUGCUCGGCUGUUGCUGCAUAUGCUCAAGCUUGUAACGAGGCUGGUGUCUGUGUUGCAUGGAGAACUCCAGACAUUUGUCCUGUGUUUUGCGAUUACUAUAACCGUAAGGGUGAUUGUAAGUGGCACUACAACCCUUGCCACCCGCCUUGUUAUAAGACAUGUUUAAAUCCCAAAGGAAUUUGUGACAACACUUUACCAGAGCUAGAGGGUAAGUUAAUAAAUUAAAACUUCUUUGUAAGUUAUUUUUAGA